AAUUCUGAGCUGGGGCACUUUACUAUGAGGCUGCAAAUGGAACAGAUGUGCUUGCUGUGAAUUUCUGUAGUAUCUGGACUUUUUGUACCAAAGGUGAUAACACUUCUGUUCCUGUGAUUUUUUUUUCUUCUUUUAUUUUUCACAUAUUUUUCCAUAAAGGGAAUGAAAUGGAGAAGUUGAAGAAAUACAUACCAGUGAAAGAUGAAGAUCAGUUUUAUCAUCAGGGAGCUGUGGAGCUGCUAGUCUUUAACUUUUUGCUCAUUCUUACAAUAUUAACAAUUUGGUUGUUUAAAAACCAUCGAUUCCGCUUUCUGCAUGAAACUGGAGGAGCUAUGCUUUAUGGCCUCGUAAUGGGAUUAAUUAUACGAUAUGUGACAAAAGCAUCAGAUGUAGAAAGUGGGACCGUUUAUGAAUGUGAAAAGCUGAAAUCUGGGCCAUCCACUCUGCUUAUUAAUAUAACAAAUCAGGUCUAUGAAUAUCAAUACAAAAGAGAGAUCAGCCAUCACAAUGUCAAUGGACACCAGGGCAAUGCAAUGCUUCAAAAGAUGACCUUUGAUCCUUCCAUCUUCUUCAAUAUUCUGCUGCCACCCAUUAUAUUCCAUGCUGGAUAUAGUUUAAAGAAGAGGCAUUUUUUUCGCAACUUAGGAUCGAUUUUAACCUACGCCUUCUUGGGAACUGCCAUCUCCUGCAUUGUCAUAGGGUUGAUAAUGUAUGGCUUUGUGAAGGCCAUGGUACACAUGGGCCAGUUAAAGCAAUGGGAAUUCCACUUCACUGACUGUUUAUUUUUUGGAUCACUGAUGUCUGCCACAGAUCCAGUGACAGUUCUUGCUAUUUUCCAUGAGCUGCAUGUGGAUACAGAUUUAUACACGCUCCUGUUUGGAGAGAGUGUCCUAAAUGAUGCUGUGGCUAUAGUGCUGACACACUCUAUAUCCAUUUACAGUCCUAAGGAGAAUCCUAAUGCUUUUGAUGCUGCGGCUUUCUUCCAGUCAAUGGGAAAUUUCCUGGGGAUCUUUGCUGGAUCAUUUGCCAUGGGAUCCUCUUAUGCUGUUGUCACAGCUUUAUUGACAAAAUUUACAAAGCUGUGUGAGUUUCCUAUGUUGGAGACAGGUCUAUUUUUCCUCCUGUCCUGGAGUGCCUUCUUAUCAGCAGAAGCCGCUGGGCUGACAGAUUAUCCCAUCCCUAUUAGUCCCACUACUAAUCCAACUAUUUUCUGCCCAGCUAUAGGACCAAAGAUGACAGUAAGUACAAGGAAGCGAAUAUGCAGUGGCAUGUGA